AUGCAUUCGGACAGGAAACCCGCUGAUGGUAUUGCAUCCGCAGCAUUGCAAGCUAGCGGUAGCGGAACAGGUGAACCAUUGACUGCUGCGAAAUGUUCAGUGCCAUACGAGAACCGUUCAUCUAUAAAGCACAUAAUCCUUGCAACAGCAGAGGUUAAGGUUUAUGAUUCUAACGGCGAGGCUCACAAGUGUCGUGUACUCCUCGAUUCUGGUGCAAUGGCAAACUUUGUGUCGGAAAGAAUGGUUGAUUUACUCGGUUUGCGUCGCCAGAAAGCAAACAUUCCUGUCGUUGGCAUGAAAACCACAGUACGAUUUAAUGUGAAUGCUAAGGUGGUAUCUAGAACGACGCAUUACGAGUUUUGUUUGGACUAUUUGGUUGUUCCCAAAGUGACUGGAUCGUUGCCAGUUACGUACAUUGACUGCAAGGAUUGGCCGAUACCACGAGGGUUAAUGUUGGCAGAUCCGAAGUUCCACGAACCUUCUCGAAUUGAUAUGCUAAUCGGCGCAGAAAUAUUCUUCGAACUGAUUCAGGAAGGUAAGAUUACUUUGUCAACUGAUUUACCAAUGUUUCAAGAUAGUUUGCUGGGAUGGCUAGUGUCUGGCUCAGUGACUAGUUCUACAGCGACGAACACGGUGAAAAUGUAUCAGGCUAUCUCACAACAGACGAACGACGAGCAACUUAACGAGUUGCUUAAACGAUUUUGGAUAAUAGACGAACAGCAGAGCGCCCCUAUUUCAAGACUAGAUGACGAAUGCGAGCAAAACUUUAUGCAAAAUUAUCGUCGACUUGAUGAUGGGAGAUAUGUUGUUAAAUUACCAUUUCGUGAUAAUGUCAAUGAUCUUAACGAGUCCCGAAAACAGGCUGAACGGCGCUUCGCACAUUUGGAGAGAAAAUUGGAUAAGUGCCCUGAAACAAAGAGGAUGUACGUCGAUUUCAUUAACGAUCUGGCGCUCGGACACUGA